CAAAGACUCGGAUCAUUCCCUUCUCCUCAACCCACCACGUUGGCCUACGAACCGGCCCCAGGAGUACACUGCUCCUCCACUUUCCUCCCAGCCUUGGCCUCACAACUCAGGAAAGGCACAGAAGGCCGGCAAAACACUGGCUCGCCUUCAGGAGUAAAUGGCAAGGCUUACUCGACCAAUCGACGUCUUCGCCGCAACACUUACCAUCAACAAUGAUGUGGACGACGACACGAAGAAGGACUUCUACGCUUUCUUCCACCUACUUCGAUCGCAACUUGCUGCAGUGGCACAUAAAAUCGCAGACGAGAGGCAGGAUCGCUACCUCCAGGCGCGUGCGCUCCAGACAACCUCUAGGAAGAAACGCGAACCUAUGCUCUCCACAGAACAGAUUGUUGACCGCAUUAAGGAGACUGAAUUGGCAAAGAAAAUCACCAAUCCGAAACCAGAGCGCGGAGCGUCCAACUCGCGAGGAGGCGGAGAACGUGGAGGCCGCUGUGGUGUGGUAAACCCACACGGAGUAUAGACGGGGUAUCCAGGUACAAGGGACGGACACAACACCUGAUAUGACACGAUGGGAGGAAUAGGUACAGGACACCCAUAC